AAAGUUUUUCAGUUUGCUUGUUGCUUUGCACGCGUGCGGUUCGCUUGGAUUUGCUCCUCCCGCGGUUUAUAACUCAGAAAAUAAUAAUAAAAAACAGUGUGUGUGUUUGUGGGUCUUUCGGAACCGCCAAAGCCGCUUGAUUUGUUUACUCGAAAAAAGGGAACUAUUCGCAAAAGUGCACAAGGCAGGAAGAUCCCAUUCUGGCAAACACAAACAAUUCCCCCACUUUCGGGCCAAGUUCCACGGACUUCGAGUACGGAAUAGUACAUCGCGGGAAAUUUUAAGUGCAAAUAAAAACAAUGACGACAGCCAAAUGGAUUUGGCGCUUGGCGCUGAGCAUCUUGCUGGCCGUGAGCUUCGUGGCGGCGGAGAAACCAAAAGGCUAUCAUCGGGAGAUUUGCCAGUACCGCAAGGCCAAACAUAUCCAGCCCAUGAGCGACCACCACGAUCGCCUGAUGGCGAUGCGCGAACAAAUGCAGAUUAGGGCCACGCUGCAGGGUCCCGAGAUCGAUGGCUACAUACUGCCCUCCACGGACGAGCAUCUCAACACGGAGGUGGCGGUGCGGGAUCAGAGAUUACGCUACUUAUCCGGGUUCACGGGUGUGCGGGCCUUUGCUGCCGUGACCAAUAAGGGAGCAUCCAUGUGGGUGGAGGACCGAUAUGCCCAGCUGGCCGAUGGAGAGCUGGAAUGCGACUGGGAGAUCUAUCUGAUCAGCGGGAACGUCACCGUGGCCGACUGGCUGGGCAGUCACAUAGGCAUCGACAAACGUGUGGGCGCCGAUCCUCAUCUGGUGCCCCACUCCCUGUGGAUCGAGUGGGAACGCCAGCUGGACGGCAAGUUGCUCAAGCUGGUCAAGAUCAACACCAACCUGGUGGAUCACAUUUGGGGUUCCGAGCGACCAAAUACGCCGAAGAACCAGUUGAUAAAGUUGCACGAGAAGCGGUACGCCGGCGAGAAGUGGCAGGAUAAGGUCAAGGAGCUGAGGAGGCGACUGGCGCACCUGGGCUGCGAUGCUAUGGUGGUCACCUCCCUGACCGAGGUGGCCUACCUGCUCAACAUCCGGGGCACAGACAUUCCCUACACGCCAGUGGUGAAGUCAUACGCCAUUGUUAGCCAAGAUGAUAUAUUCUUUUAUGUGGCUCAUGAGAAGAUCAGUUUGGUCAUAGAUCUUCAUUUGAGCACAGAAUGCUUCAAUGCAGAUUGUGUGAAGAUCAAGGAGUACAAUCAGAUCUGGAGUGACAUUCGUACCUACUCUCAGCUCUGGAAGCGAGUCCUUGUGUCCGCCCCUUGUGUGCAGGAUCCGGGCGCCUCGGAGGCCAUAUACUCCUCCAUGCCGGGCAAAAUCGUCGUAUGGCACAUCUCACCCAUUAUCUUUAUGAGGGCGCAGAAGAACUCCGACGAGCAGGAAGGAAUGAGGAGGGCGCACAUCAGGGAUGGGGCGGCCAUUUGCGAGGCGAUGAGCAACCUGGAGACCAGAUUCCACACAGAGCAGUGGACCGAGGAGAAGAUCAAGUACGAGGUGGAACUGUGGCGUCUCUCGCAGAAGCACUCCAAUGGCCUGUCCCUGCGUACGGUGGUGGCCUAUGGAGAGCACUCCGCCCUGCCCUACUACAUAUCCAGCAAUGUGACCAACAUCGAGGUCUCCGACCAGAGUCUGUUGGUCAUCGAGUCCGGGGGUCAGUAUCUGGAGGGCACCACGGACGUCUCGCGGACGUUUAUCUUCGGAGAACCCACGCAGGAGAUGAAGAAGGUGUAUACGAAUGUGCUGGCGGGAAUUCUCCACCUGACGCAGCUCAAGUUUCCGGCGGAUCUGAAGCCAUCCGAGGUGGACGCCGUGGUGCGUAGCAUGGUGUGGAAGGACAUGACGGACUAUCCACAGGCAACGGGCCACGGCAUUGGUUCCUUUAGCUCCGUGGAGGAACCUCCCAUAUCCGUUGCCUAUGGCAAGAACAGCAGUUUCCACUUCAAGCAGGGCUACUUCUUCUCCAGCGAGUCUGGUUACUAUAAGCGUGAUGACUUCGGCGUCCGCCUGAAGAACGUGCUCGAGGUGGUGGACACCGGACACAUUCAUCCCAGCGGAACACACUUCCUUGCAUUCCAGGACGUCACGAUGGUGCCCUAUGAGCCCAAGCUGAUCGACAGCACACUUCUCAGUGCGGUGGAGAAGCGAAUGCUAAAUGAGUACAAUGCCAAGAUCCGAAACGAUGUAGGGGACGAACUGAAGCGACUGGGCAACAUGAGGGCCUUCUACUGGAUGAUGAACCAGACGCGACACAUCCGGGAAUAUCUGACUGAGGAUGAGUACCGCUCGGCGACCAGUGGAGGAAGUGGUGGCCACACCACGAGUCCCCUGAUAGCCCUCGGUCUACUGAUCCUCAUUUCUGGGAUCCUGCAAUCCUAGGGUCCAGAGUUUUAAGUGUACACUGU